AUGGCUACGUCGCAGCCACUACUGGAAGCCGAACCGCCUUCAUCAGCAUCUUCUCAUGUUGCACCAACUGAGAAGCUUGAUAAGACAUCGGAGAAAGAAAGCAAAAACAGCAGUAAAUUAUUACUGUUCUUAGCUCAAUGGGGACUUGAAAUUACUUCAUUAUCUCUCAGCCUGAUAGCCUUCGGGCUCAUGAUCUAUCUUCUGUACCAGUCAGCUGAAGAGCCGAUAUCCAAAUGGAACAAAACCUAUAUCUCCCUCAACACAGCUGUUUCCAUCUUGGCUGGAACAUCAAGAGCAUGUCUUGCAUUUGCAAUUAGCAUGUGUUUGUCACAGGGUAAAUGGAACUGGUUGAGCGGAGCUGCGCAGCCACUGAUAGACUUCGAUCGUUUCGAUGCUGCAAGCCGAGGAGCUUGGGGAAGCCUGCGUCUACUACAAUCAUGUGUACGCCGACCACACUGGGUAUCAAUCGGUGCUCUUACUGCUAUUGCUCUACUGGCCUUUGAACCCUUCACUCAGGCUGUUUUAGCCAUAGAGGAUAAGGAAGUCACUUUGGACCAUCUAGAGUACAUUAAGGCAGCACAGUCGAGUAAUGAUUCUCUUGAGACACUUGGGAAUGUUCCUACAAUCGGCCGAUCAACUCGUUUAGAUGGCGCUUCGUGGGAUGGAGCUUCUCCUGGAGUAAGUGCAGUUUCAUUCCCAGGACCUGACAAUAAGACCAUGGAGUUCAUGGCCAGACGCUUCUCAAUCGAUAUCCAGGAGGACAUGGGUAUGAAAGCAGCCAUAUGGAAUGGGUUUUCACCCUUCACCGCCCCGCAGAACCUGAGGCCAGCCUUCGCUUGUGCAACCGGGAACUGUACAUGGCCCAUUUUCCCCUCCAUCGCCGUCUGUUCCAAGUGUCACGACAUAUCAAAAUAUGUCAUCAAAUCAACUGGACCAGUGAAAUUCCCUUCAAAUAUCUACAAUGCCGGAGCAAAUGGCCAGGAAUGGAUGUUGGAGCCUGGGGAAAGUCUGCCUGAAGUGAGCAACCCUAGUCCACAUGCUGACUUGAGAAACGGCCGGAAUUUAACUUUCAUCAAACAUGAAAUUCCACAGCUGGAUCUUAGCAUUUCUAACUAUAAUGGGAGUCCCCGCUGCCGAAGCUUGUUCGAACAAUGUCCCGAUACUUACCUAUCAGCUCGUGUCACAACCAAUCCAGGACAGACCCUGACAUUUCGCAAUCUCAGCACCCUUGUUAUGGCUAUACAAUACCUGGCUUCAAACGAGACUUGGCUUAAUAACAGAACCACCUGGGAAAACACUAGAGUUAGUGCCCGGGAAUGUGCUUUAUCACUCUGCGUGAACCAGUAUCACGAUGCACUAUCCCAGGGAGUCUUGCAAGAAAGUAUUGCCUAUUCGUGGGCGGAGAGAGAGCCAGCGUCUUACACAAACGAUGAUGAGGAUGUGAAAGCUUUCAUGAGAUACACGAAUCAUAGUCUAGACAUGGGCAUCCAAUUAGCGCGACUAUCUGAUCUUCAGAUCAAGAUUCCGGACGGGGACUACAAGCGACAAGCCUCCAACCUACGGCAACAGUACUUCAACAUUACACAGCCUACCAUAAUAGCACUUUACAAUGUCUUGAGUGACGGCUUCGGCAUAAUUCGCAAUUCCAAUGCCAUUGGGGAUCUUUCUAGGCCAUAUAUUGCCAUAUCAUCCACAAAGCUCAUAUACCCAGCAUUGGGAAUGGGCCAACCAAAUGCUGGUCUCAUGUCUGGGCUUGGGAGAUCCAGCGAUAUCCCAUCAACAAUAGAUAAUGUCGCACUCAGUCUGACGAAGUGGAUACGAGAUCGAGAGCUGGAUACGAGUCCAAUGCGAGGGAAUGCCACACGUAUGGUUAUCAUUACACAUGUUCGAUGGAAUUACUUGUGGUUUCCUGGCGCAAGUCUGAUAACAGGAAUAGUGUUUGUGGCUCUGUGUAUGUGGGAGACGCAAAAGCUAAAGAAUCCAGCCCUAAAGGAUAGUAUAUUGGCGGCUUUGGCAUGUGCACCGUGUGAAGACUUGCGGUUGCGCCUGAAACAGGCUGCUAUGAAUGGUAAACUACAAGACAUUGGGAGAAAGGUGAAGGUUCGCUGGGAGGAAGACGACAAAUUUGCCCAGUUGAAGGAAAAGAGGGACGAUCAGCCGAGCGUUUGA